CGUGGUGUAGUUGCAUGCGCUCAUUUUCUGUCGGUUCGAUUUUUCGUCUUGUAUUUGACCAAAGUCUCUCCAUUUCCGGCAUGUUCGGUGGCCCGCCCGGGUGUGGACAAUUGUGGAUGGAGACGGGAGCUUCUUCGGCGUAGAAGUGGGACACCGUGGGACGGGGGGUGAUAGUGUCGCCUGUCAGAGACUCAGAGCCCUGCGAGUGCAGUGGGUGGUGAGCCGCCGUCAGCGUCAGUCUCGCGCGUGGUGGCCUGGCCGCCUGGGUGCCUUGGGUAUGGAUAUGGUUGUUGUCCGAGUACCUUAUCCCAUGUCCCAAACUUGGGGGGAAUGUUCCCCUGGGGCAUAUGCGGACUUCCACGGGGGCCCAGGUUUUGGGGAAUCUGCUUGUUGGGGAGCAGGAGACAUGGGUGGCAGCAUGCAGACGACUUGCGCCGGGAGAAGCGCCGGAGACUCUCCUUGAGUGAAUCUUCACCAUGGAUGGUCAAGCGGUUGGCUACCUUACCUGCCUUAUUGUUCGCACAGCCGCAGCAGACCAGGCCAGAACGGACAGCAACGCGCUGGGAACUCGGUGAGGGAGAAACGGGCGAGAAAAUCGAGCGAGCGACACGAGAGAUGAGAGGCAAUCGAUGAUCGGGACCUCGCCGGAACCCAAUUGGGGCCAACGGCGGGGCCGAAGCUGAUGCCACGAUCCAAUGGCAAGCGGCCAGGGCUGCUUUCGGCUCCCGAGCUUUUGCCAGCAGGGCCAUGAGCCAAGGCCAAGGAACGGAACACUUGACCGGACUCUGCCGCCGCCUUCGUACCUUGUCGUCAUGCCAAACUAUGGGCAAUCUGGGUGGUCUCUCUCGCUGAAUUACGCUACUGGACCUACUUUGUACGGAUACACACGGGCGCACGAUUCCCCGCAGUAGUCGACCCCCCCAGGGCAGAGCUGGUUCCAAGGUUCAGGUUCCAGUUCCAGUUCCAGUUCCAGCUUUCCGCGGCCACGCAUCUCGCCUCACAUCACGCAGCUGUAGCCGUCCAUUCACCAUGCUGGAUCGUGCUGCAGAAGACCCUAUUCUCGUCACGCAGCUUGGUCCUCCGUCCGGCCCAACAUCUGGAAAGGCGGGAAAACAAAGGUCUCGAGACAUGCAGAACUUGAAGGCCUGGAUGUGACCCAAUGGCAUUUGCAUCCCACAUGCAGACCCGGGGCAUCAUCAACUGAGAGUUAGUCAACAACAACUCCAGUGGCAGGGUCUUGGUCAUAUCGUCCCUGUUCCGUAUCCUUGGCCUCGCCUUCGCUAUUCUGGGCGACCUCUGUCAUGAUGGCCAAUUGCCAAAAUGUCGUGGACUUGUGUUACCCAAGGUGGAAGACAAGAGUCUUGGGGGCUUGGAGCUUGAGGAAAAAUCGUGUCUACGGAUUGUAGCACGAGACGGACCACCUCAGUCACCCCACCACGACAUUACCUCACUGCUUUCUGGUGGUGGUGUUGAGUGCUGACAAGGUACCUUGGCGAAUACCUUACGGUCCUUGCAUGCCUGUCGCCCUGCUCCAUGGGACCAGCAACCAUCAGCUCCACACCUGCUCCCCAUGCUCCAAGUUCGCUCCCAUGCCAAUUGAACCCCAUCCCCCGUCCAUUCCACUGCGAUUUCGUCACAUACAUCAUCCUCAAAGCUCCCCCAAAAACUUCCUCACCUUCGCUCUGUCCGACCUUCUUCUCCCAUUGUCCCACACCUUCCUCACCCUCCUACCUUACCUGGCUUUGCCUCGUUUGAAAUCCCAAGUUCAAACUUUUUCUCCUCAUAUCUUCUCUCUCUCUUAUCUGGAGAAUCACUUCAUCUCCCUCUUUCGACGAAGGUUGCCUUGGACUAAUUUGUACCAAAACAGCUCACGCAGCUCUUCCUCCGAGACGCCAAGCUCCUUCCGCCGCACCUCCAACUGCAGCUUCGCUCCUACUUAUUCCCCUCUCACAACUUCUUCUACCCGCCUCCUCCCUUCUACUCUCCUUCGGCACAAAUCUUCCAGGAGCCCGUCUGCGAAAACCCAGCGCCUUUUCCAACCACGCCGCCAAUCUCCAUACCUCUCACAAUGGCGCUCGAAGCAGAGACAAAACGCGUCGUCGACCAGUUCGAGCUAUCCGAUGCAUACCUCAACCGUGCCGUCAGCGAAUUCCUUGGCCAAAUGCAAACUGGCCUGGAAAAGGAUGGAUCUAGCAUGAGCCAGAUUCCGACCUACGUCACUGGCGUGCCCAAUGGCACUGAAAAGGGCCUAUACCUCGCUGUCGACCUCGGCGGCACCAACUUCCGCGUGUGCUCUGUCCAGCUCAACGGUGACACUACCUUCAACCUCACAUACAGCAAGGUCGCGAUCCCCAAGGAGCUCAUGGUCGCCAAGACCGCUGAGGAACUCUUUUCCUUCCUCGCCAAACAGAUUGAGCUCUUCCUCCGCGAACACCACGCCGAGCACUUUGAGCAGCACAUUCGCCGCCGCCAAACCUAUAGCGCCCCCGAGGGCUACCGUGACGAGCAUGUCUUCCGCCUGGGCUUCACCUUCAGCUUCCCCGUUCAGCAGCUUGGCAUUAACAAGGGCAACCUGAUCCGGUGGACCAAGGGCUUCGAUAUUCCCGAUGCCGUCGGGAAGGAUGUCUGUGCUCUGCUGCAGGUCGAGAUCGACAAGCUGCACCUCCCCGUCCGCGUUGCUGCUCUCGUCAACGACACCGUCGGAACCCUGAUGGCGAGAUCCUACACCUCUACCGGCAAGUCCGGCUCCAUCUUGGGUGCCAUUUUCGGCACUGGCACCAACGGCGCCUACCUCGAGAAGCUGUCCAACAUCAAGAAGCCCAUCGUCGGUGAGUUCGAGGCUGCUACCGGCGAGAUGGUUGUCAACACUGAGUGGGGUUCGUUCGACAACCAGCUCAACGUAUUGCCCAACACCCCUUGGGAUGAUGCUCUCGACAAGGCCAGUGUCAACCCCGGCAUCCAGAUGUUUGAGAAGCGUGUCUCUGGCAUGUUCUUGGGCGAGAUUGUCCGUCUGACCAUCCUUGACAUGCUCAAGGACGAGAAGCUUUCCCUGUUUAAGGACCAGAACUCUAGCUUCAACGACUGGAAGUCCACAACAAGCAUCGGUGCUCAGUCCGGCAUGUUCAAGCAGUGGGGCCUGGAUAGCUCCAUCAUGUCCGUUGCCGCUGCUGACAACACCCCCGAGCUGUCAACCCUGAGACAGCAGCUGGAGUCCGAGAUGCUGGUGUACAGCCCCUCGCUCGAGGAUGCCCAGGCCUUCAAGGCCGUUGCCGGUUCCGUCGGCCGUCGCGCAGCUCGCCUGUCAGCUGUCGCCAUUGGCGCCAUUGUUCUCCAAUCCGGCAAGCUUGACGACGAGACGGAGGAGGUCAUUGACGUUGGUGUCGACGGCAGCUUGGUUGAGCACUACCCUUUCUUCAGAGACAUGAUCUACGAGGCCCUCCGCUCCAUUGAGAGCAUCGGCCCCAAGGGUGCUGACAAGAUCCGCAUUGGCAUCGCUAAGGACGGAAGUGGAGUUGGCGCCGCCCUCAUUGCCCUUGUGGCAGCUGGCAUGGAGAAGGAGGGCGACGUCUUGACCGAGUUCAGACAGAAUGUCAAGAGGGAACUUGACUCUAUCCCUGAACAACGCGAAGAGGUGUCAACAACCAACACGGCAUUGAUCAUCGGAGGCAUCGUUGGUGUUGCAGCCAUUGCGGCCGUCUGGUGGUCUCGGUAUAACCGUCAAUGAUGAACGAAGUAUAAGAGAGAUGAAUGAAUGGGGGACAUUGAGGAAUGGGAAAGGGUGGAAGGAAGUGUGGGAAAAGCAAAACCCACCAGUCAUUUGGGACAGCAGACAAGAAGAGAGGGAGAUGUGACUCCCUCCUUUUGAUUGUCUGUGUCCCCAUCCGUGUGAGCAUCUUCUUUUUUCGGCAUUGGGGAUUGAUUUGAUCAUUUUCUUCAUGAUUCCACACACACACAAAGGGGGGAAAUACCGGAGUUGGGCCUGAGCAAAACAGAAAAACCUUGCUUGCGUUGGGAAAGGUUUUUGUUCAAAACGCAUUACCUGUUUAAAUACUUGUCUUGUUUUUAUUCUUCUCUAAAAACGAAAGUUCAAAACGUCUAUAGCAGGCUAGCCUCUAAAUUGUGGGGGCGAAUCUUUUCUAGUGUUUUGUUUCUCUCUUCAUCUUCGCAUCUUGUGAUGUAGAUGAUGAAUGCGAUGGAGUCAACUGUGCUCUCGGCGGUUGGGAUGAAGCUGUGGUAUCCUGCCUGUCCUGGUGUCCUACUCGUCAGGGUGCCAGCUGAUGAUUCUUAAAUAUCUUGAUUUGCAUGUGAUUGCAACUCUUCAAUUUGCCGCUUUCUGGGCGUAUUAAACUCCUUGGCCUUGGCACGAUCGAGGGAGACAUGCCCCUUCUUGCGCCUAACCCUGGAAGGCAGCAGCCGGGUAGGAUCUAUCCUUCUUCUUCCUCACUGUCGAGCUGCUCCGGGAACUCGCGCCCGAGCCGCCGCUGCUCUUGGGAGGCGCGAGCUUGGCCGAUGCCAUCUCGUCGGGGAGAUCGUUCCACUCUGUCGCGGCGCGGCGGUUCUGGAAGGAUGUGCCCGAGAUUGUCCUCGACAGCGGCGGAGGAGGGCCUCCGUUCAUGGAUGGUAGGUUCGCGACGGCCGCGGUAGGACCCGGGAUCGGAGGUGGUGCCGUGGCUCUGUCAGAGGACAAGGACUGCUGCUGCCCGCCGAUGGACAGAGGACCGACGGCGCGGCGGACGAUCCAGGCCGAGUCCGGACGGAGCUUGAUGUAGUACCCCUGCAGCGGCUCACCGUAUCGCUCGAAGCCGCGGGCGGCGUACCAGCGCAUACCCUCCUCGUUGUCGGUCCAGACGUGGGCGUAGAUGUGGCGGAGGUUGACGUCCGGGGAGGAGUUUGCGGCCGCGGCGAUGAGGUGGUCUACCACGGCGGUGGCGAGGCCAUGGGAGCGGUAGGGGGAGAGGAGGGCAAGGGACUGGAUGUAGAGGGCGUGUUCGAGGCGGGUCGGAGUCGGGGUCGCGGAAGGAAAGGGGGAGGGUUCGAUGCGGGCUACGACGCCGCCGACGACGAUUUCCUGAGAGAAGUUUGUGGUGGGUUGGUCGCGCCAGGUGACGACGCGGGAGAAGGGUCCCGUGAGGGCUGCGGCGUAAAAGGUUUCUGGAUAGGCUACUGGGAGGAGGAGGGAGUUUAUGCGGCGGAGGGGUUGGAGGUCUUGGUCUGAGACGGGGCGGAUCGAGGCGCUCGGGUGGAGGGGCGUCGAGGCUGGCGGUUGUGAUGUUUGCGGUGUCGUUGCUGGAGGUGAAGUUCUCGGUGGUGUUGUCGUUGUUGUCGCCGUCGUCACUGAGGAUUUAGGAGGAGGUGGUGGUGGUGAUGUUGACGAUGGUGGGGGUUUAGUCGUGGGAGGAGGGGCAGCUGCUGUUCCAUUCGAUGACGGCGCGGGGGCGUACUUUGACGCUGGGGGCGGCGGAGCGUAGGAGGGUUGCUGGCGGGGUUGGAAGAAGGAUUUAAUGGAGGACUGGGUCGGUGGUUGCUUCAUUGUCGUGGUCUGGGGGAGAGACAUGCUGUGUGUGUUGGGCGGAGGAUCGUUCGUUUGCUUGGCUUGUGAAGGAGGGAAAUGUAUUCGUAGGUGAGUUGUCGAGACUGGCGGGAGGAUGGCGGGAAAGAAAAUGUGGAACAGCAGGGUAGCAAGGUAAGGUAGAUCGAGCACUCGAGCUGGAGGGAUGAUACUCUGUCAAAUAAUUCCCGAGCAGACAGAACUCCAGUUGCGCGUGCGCGAAGGCGUGAGCAUUUACACGCGUGCGGUACUUAAAGAGUCUGGUUUGGGAUUUGGUGAUGUCUCGUUUCCAAUAAU